AUGGAGCAGAUCACUGAACAUAUAGUCAGAUAUAAAAACUAUAAUUUUCCUGCUGGUAUGACCACAGCAGAAUACAUCGACUCCCUUCAGAGUUUUGAAAUCAGGGACAGCGACAUCUUCCUUGUGACCUAUUUGAAGUCAGGAACCAUCUGGACUCAACAGAUCAUCAUCUCCAUCUGCGAGCUGGCUGGAGGCCUGAAUGAAUAUCCAAACAACAUGGAGCAGAUGCCUUGGCUGGAGUUCUGUGAGGGUCAAGACUACUCCAAGAGACCAUCUCCUCGACUCUUCUCCUCUCACCUCAUCCCGUCAUUCUUGCCUUCAGGACUGAAGGAGAAGAAGGCAAAGAUCAUUUACGUGAUGCGGAAUCCAAAAGACAACAUCGUCUCCUACUUUCACUUCAGCAGAAAAUGCAGCACAUUGGAUAGUCCCAACAGCUUUGAGCAGUUUCUUGAUGAGUACCUGACAGGAAACGUUGGAGGAUCGUCCUGGUUUGAUCAUGUCAGAGAAUGGCACCUAAACAGAGAUCAGUACAACAUCCUCAUCCUGACCUACGAGGAGAUGAUUUUGGACCUGAAAGGAGCCGUAAAAAAGAUCUGCACCUUCUUGGGGAAAGGCCUCAGUGAAGCUGCCAUCAUACAAGUGGCUGAAAAGUCUAAGUUCGAGAACAUGAAGAAAAACCCAAAAGCAAACUAUGAAUUUAUACCACAAGACAAGAUUCAAGGGAACUUCAUGCGCAAAGGUCAAAUCGGUGACUGGAAGAACUUUUUCACUGCUGAACAGAGUCAACGAGUGGAUCGACUCCUUCAGGAGAAACUUGGUGAUUUGUCCCUGAGGUUCAUCUGGGAAUAA